AUGUACGUCGACGAUGUACAUGUACAAUCUGGCGGGCAUUCGAUCGAAAGUGCCUUAGCUAAGAGAGAUGAUUUGAUCGGUGCACUCAAAUCAGCGGGUAUGGAGCUGCGGAAAUGGGGCAGCAACCAUCUAUCGUUAUUAUCAUCAAUUCCAAUGGAACACCAAUCCAUAAAUUCAGCGUUAGAAUUCAACACAGACGAAACCGUCAAAACGCUUGGAAUGAUUUGGCAACCUGGCGCCGAUCAAUUCAAAUACAAACUCAGAUUCGAACCAGCAAAAAUUGCGACAAAACGAGCUGUUUUGUCAACAACUGCUCGCCUCUACGAUCCGUUGGGUUACAUCACACCGGUUGUGGUCGUUGCGAAAAUUAUUCUCAAACGCAUUUGGGGCCAUAACUCAUCCACUCACGGUGAUGAUCAAUCGAACCAAGGAGCAGCGUUGAAUUGGGACGACGUUUUACCAGAAUCACUCAACGAACUUUGGAACAAAUUUCUGGUGGAAUUCCCUGACAUCGAGAAGAUAUCCAUACCAAGAUGGAUCCAAUUUUCGCCGAAUCAAAUUCAAUCAAUCGGGUUACAUGCAUUUUGUGACGGCGCAACAUCAGCAUAUGCAGCAAAUGUGUACAUCCGAAUGCAGUACAACAAUGGAUUGGUACACACUCAUCUCCUCAUCGCCAAAAGCAAGGUAACUCCAACCAAACCAUUAACCAUUCCACGAAUCGAAUUGUGUGGAGCCGAACUUGUAACUCGACUAGCAGUGUGGGUAAAAUCAAAUCUUCGAAUCCCUGUCGAUCAAAUUCCGAUUUAUUUUUGGUGUGACGCAACGGUUGUGUUACAUUGGAUUCAUGGAGACGUCACACGUUGGAAAAUGUACGUCGCAAAUCGAAUUAGCAAAAUUUUAUCAUCAACGUCACCCAAACAAUGGAGCCAUGUUGGCGCUCACGAUAAUCCUGCCGAUUGUGCCACACGUGGAUUGACACCGGCACAGUUAUCCAAGUUCGAUUUGUGGUGGAAAGGACCGGAGUGGUUAGUCAAACCGAAAAGGGACUGGCCUACAUUCAAGCCAGGCAUCAUCAGCUUCACUGAGGAUUUAGCAGAAGUAAAGUCAUCAGAAAUUCAUGUUCAUGUGAGCAUUCAAACCGAAUCGAUUAUGUUUUUGUACUCAUCGUUAUUCAAAUUGGUUCGUGUCAACGCAUGGAUUCGUCAAUUUCGCCACAACGCACUCAACAAGUUGAAACGAAUGCAAGGAGAACUGACCGUAGCGGAAAUCCAAUCCAGUUUGUUCCAGUUGGUCCGUCUCGUGCAAGCGGAAGCAUUCGGUAAGGAGAUUAAAUGUAUUUCCAAUAAUGAAUCUUUACCCAAGAAAUGUAAAAUUAGCGGAUUAGCACCAUUUUUGGAUGAACAAAAUAUUGUCCGUGUACGGGGCAGAUUGCAACGCUCCAAUUUACCGUAUCGUCAGCGCCACCCGAUCAUUUUGCCUCAAAACCAUCAUUUCACCACAUUAGUUAUCGACGAUGCACAUUCAACGCUCGUCACACUCACACACAUUCGUGGGUGUUUUUGGAUUGCAAACGGCCGACCUGCCGUUCGGUCACGUAUUCGCAAGUGUGUCACCUGUUUCAAAGCAAAACCAGAAACAACAACACAAUUAAUGGGAAAUUUGCCGUACAAUCGCGUUAAUCCGCCUCAUCGACCGUUCUUAGCCACUGGAGUGGACUUCACUGGUGCAAUUGAACUGAAGCAUCCAAAUUUCGUGAUUAGACGACUCACAUUCGAAGAGCUCACAACUGUCUUGGUGCGAAUCGAAUCGUGCCUAAAUUCACGUCCGUUGUGCCCCUUGACUGCCGAUCCGGAUGAAUUGGAUGUGCUCACACCUGGGCACUUUUUAAUUGGCGACACUCUACUCGCCCCACCCACUGAUCCAUCAAAGGAGCUGUCAUUGAGCGCACAUUACCUUACGUUGCAACGCAUGAUCCAGCAAUUUUGGUCAAAAUGGUCAUCGGAUUGGUUGACGCAUCUUCAAGCUCGACCAAAAUGGCACAAUGAACAACCGAAUCUCCAACUAAAUGAUUUGGUUCUCAUCAAAGAUGACCGCUUGCCACCGAACGAAUGGUUACUUGGUCGCAUCACCGAGCUACAUCCCGGAGAAGAUCAGUUG